AUGGCGCCUCGUGAGGAGCUGAUCUCCUCAGCGAUUACUUUCCUUCAAGACCCUUCGGUUGCCUCAUCGCCAAUUGAGAAGAGGGUUGCGUUCCUCCAGUCCAAGAACUUGACUCAAGAGGAGGUCGAUCUCGCCUUAUCGCGAGUGGGCGAAGACCCGUCCGCCGCAGCUGCGGCUACCGCUGCUUCAUCUCCAGCGCCUACAUACUCUUCACAGCCCGUUCCUUAUCGGCAACCUCAGCCGCCUCAAGGAUAUGGAUACCCCCCGUAUAAUCAAUGGCAGCCGCCUCCGGAGCCACCCAAAAGAGAUUGGCGUGACUGGUUCAUUAUGGCAACAGUGAUGGGUGGAGUGGGCUAUGGGUUGUAUUUUGUCACAAAGCGCUACAUUUCUCCUUUAAUCGCACCCCCAACACCCCCUCAGUUGGAGCAAGACAAGGAAAAUAUCGACGAGCAGUUCUCGCGAGCUUUCACUCUUAUCGAACAACUCUCGACUGACACCGCUGCUCUGAAAUCCGCCGAAGAGGCCCGCACCGAGCGCUUAGACGGAGCUCUCAAAGACGUGGAAAGUCUGGUUGCUGACCUGAAGAACUCAUCCCGUCGGAGGGAUGAUGAGACUCGUCGUAUCAGCGAUGAAGUCAAGUCAUUGAAGGAUGCCAUUCCCAAGGCUCUUGAAGGGGCCCGCGAAGGCAACGAGAACCGGUUGAAGGAGCUCGGCACUGAACUCAAGAGCUUGAAGACCCUACUUGGUAACCGUCUCGGUGGAAGUGGAGCCAGCCCUGUAGCUGGCCGAACUGUUGGAUCCACUUCCAUCCCCAGCCCUACUCGCCCAGCACCCGAAGAAACCGCCCCUACCCCCCCUGUUCCCGGUCCCGCUACCAACGGUCUGGCUGCCUCGGUGACCCCGGCUGAGCAAGAGCCAACCCAGGCUGCUGCUCCCGCUAGCCCAAGCCCCAGCACCAACCCUCUCUCGCAGCUUGGCCGCUCUGCUUCCAUCCCCGCCUGGCAGAUGGCCGCGGCCAAUCGGUCCAAGGCUAACUCGCAGUCAAGCGCCCCUGGGACUCCCGCCGCCGGCACUGAUGCCGCGGCCAGCCCCAGCCAGGAGCAGACUGCUCCUCCCAGCUAG